GAGUGAUCGCCACGGGAAUGGACGAGAUCGCUGUUGCGGCCACCGGCGAGAGUGCCUCAUCUGAGCUCGGCAGUCAGAGAUCGAUGGGCGCCUGGAGCGAGCCCGUCAAGACAUAAGGUGGCCGAGCAUGGCACCUCUUCUGAGACGGUGACCCAACAUUUCCUUUCAUCACCAUGAAGUGGACUACAGGUAUCGGUGCUCUCCUGAGCGCGUUGUCGCUGACUCAAGCCCUGCCUACGAACGAGGCGCGUCAAGAGGAGACUUUUGAAUACAUCGUGGUUGGCAGUGGUGCUGGAGGGGGGCCACUCGCGAGUCGACUCGCUCGUGCUGGCCACAGGACACUCUUGAUCGAAGCUGGAGACGAUCAGACUGGCAACUCGAACACGACAGUGCCAAUUUUUCAAACGUUGGUUUCUGGAGACCCCAAGCUUCGAUGGGACUUCUAUGUCACUCACUACAAGGACCAAGAGCGCGCUCGUCGAGACCCUAAGUACGUUUACGACAUCGGCAAUGGAGAAGUGUACACUGGCCUCAAUCCUCCACCUGGAGCGAAAGAUCUUGGGAUCCUCUAUCCACGAGCAGGUACUCUUGGAGGCUGUGUCACGCACAAUGCUUUGAUCUGGAUCACUGCUCAUGAGAGCGACUGGAAUGGCAUUCAAUCAUUGACAGGAGACGACAGCUGGAGCGCCUCGAACAUGAAGCAAUACCUGGACAAGGUCAAGAAGUGGUUGCCUACAGAGCCCACCGAUCCGACGAUUCUGCUCCGUGACCUGCAAUUUGUCCAACAGCUAGCCGGAGGAGCCUCAGUCGCAACUCCUGGGCUCAUUGAUCUUUUGAAGCCCGUCGUUGGACUUACCAACGCUCUCCUUGGGAAUCCUAAUGCUGAAGUAGCAGGCCGAGAUUCUAAGCAAGGCUUCUACCCCAUCCCUCUGACCAUGAAGAAUGGCGAACGUGUUGGGGUAAAAGAGUUCAUUAGAGACACGGUCGCUGGCGGCUUUCCUCUUACUGUCCGCACCAAUACCUACGUCACAAAGGUCGAUUUCGAUACUACUGGCGAUAAGCCUCGUGCCGUGGGUGUCGAAUACCUGUCAGGUAGCUACUUAUACAGGGCCAGUCCCCUUAGUGGUGGUAGUGGCGUCCAAGGCUCGGCCAAGGCAAGCAAGGAAAUUAUUCUCUCUGGAGGCGCCUAUAACACCCCACAACUUCUCAAGCUAAGCGGUAUUGGCCCAGAAGAUGAACUCAACUCAUUCGACAUUCCGGUCCUUGUCAAUUCGCCAGGUGUCGGCACUAAUAUGCAAGAUCGAUACGAGAUUGGCUUGAACGUCCAACAUGACAAAGACUUUGCGAUCCUCGAUGGCUGCACGCUUGAUGCCAAGGAUCACGACAAGUGCUACAAGCAAUGGGUCAACAGUCCUUACAUCUUGGCUCAACGAGGUGUAUACGCCACCAAUGGCCUUGCAGCGACCAUGGUCAAGCGCUCCGACUUUGCUUCUACUACCGAUGUCGACAUGUUCAUCUUUGGCUCGCCGGCAAACUUCACAGGCUACUUUCCUGAAUGGUACAAUCAUAUUCUUGACCAACACAACUUUUACUCUUGGUACACAUUGAAGGCACAUACUCGCAACACUGCAGGAACCGUCACGCUCCGCAGCGCCGACCCCCUCGAUCCACCUCAAAUCGACUUCAACUAUUUCGACACCGGCACCACUACCAACGGCGCAGACCAAGCCGACCUCAACGCCAUGAUCCAAGCUCUCAAGCUUUCACGCUCAGCCCUCCAGAAAUACAACCAGCUCCCGCUUUCCCUCCUUGGCGGCUCGAAAUACACAGAAUUCUUCCCUGGUCCCAAUGUCACGAGCGACGAGGAUCUAGGCACAUACAUCAAAGACCGUGCAUGGGGACACCAUGCUUCAUGUUCAGUGCCAAUGGGCGCUGAUGAUGAUAUGAACACACCUCUGGACAGCAAGUUCCGAGUGAAGGGUGUAGAUGGAUUGAGAGUGGUGGAUGCGAGUGUUUUCCCUAAGAUUCCUGGCGUGUUCAUUACGGCGCCGAUUUUGGUUAUGAGUGAGAAGGCGGCGGAUACCAUUUUGGCUGAUGCAUGAGCGCGUGUUAGCUGUCUAUCAAUUUCUGAUUUUCAAGAUUUUUCACUCCUGUUC